GUAAUGCCCAAAACGACGAGGAUGCUCACAAAACUACUUUUGGUUUCGUUUCUUGCCAGUGCCAGUGCUUUCUACCUUCCUGGCCUGGCACCAGUGAACUUUUGUGAAGUGGAAAAAGCGAAUUGUCCAAGCAACAUCUCCCUGUAUGUCAAUCAUCUUGACAGCGAUCGCUCCGUCAUCCCAUAUGAAUAUCAUAGUUUUGACUUUUGCACGGUAAACGAGGAUGAGUCACCGGUCGAAAAUCUCGGACAAGUUUUGUUCGGUGAACGUAUUCGUCCAAGUCCAUACAAGGUGGCAUUCUUGCAAGAAGAAAAAUGCCGUUUGGUUUGCGACACAAAGAAAUACGCUCGUGGAAGCGCCGAUGAUUUGGCAAAGCUUCGAUUGCUCCAGAGAGCCAUGACACUUAACUACCAACAUCAUUGGAUUGUUGACAACAUGCCAGUGACUUUCUGUUUCAAGAAUCUUCAAAAUAUGGAUGUAUGCACUACUGGAUUCCCAGUUGGAUGUUUUGUUGAUGAGCAGGGAUAUCAACAUGACGCUUGUGUACUCAAUCAAAAAUACAAGACUCCGAACAACUUCUACAUCUUCAAUCAUGUUGACAUUGAGAUCUACUACAGAGAUAUGACCAAUGAUGGAAACUUCUUGGAGCACAAAGUUGGAGGAAGAAUCAUCCGUAUUGACGUUAAGCCACGCUCCAUUAAACAUAGCUCUUCAUCGAGCCUGGACUGCAGUGAUUCAGCGGAGCCAAUCGCCAUUGAUGCAAAAUCCGAGAGUGCCGAAAUCACAUAUUCCUACAGUAUCAAGUGGACGAAAACUGAUAUCAAGUGGUCUUCCAGAUGGGAUUACAUUCUCCAGUCAAUGCCACACACCAACAUCCAAUGGUUCUCAAUUAUGAAUUCACUUGUUAUCGUUUUGUUCUUGACUGGAAUGGUUGGAAUGAUCAUUAUGAGAACUCUGCAUCGUGAUAUCGACCGUUACAACAGACUGGACACCGAGGAAGAUGCUCAAGAGGAGUUUGGAUGGAAGUUGGUGCACGGAGAUGUUUUCCGUACUCCACGUUACCCAAUGCUUCUUUCUGUGUUUAUUGGAGCCGGAUGUCAAACACUUCUUAUGGUUUCUGUGACAUUAGUAUUUGCGUGCCUUGGAUUCCUGUCUCCAGCCAACCGCGGAUCCCUCAUCACAUUUGCUCUGUUUUUCUAUGUGCUCUUCGGAAUUGUUGCUGGAUACAUUUCUGCUCGUCUCUACAAGACAUUCGAAGGGAUUCACUGGAAAACAAACUUGGUGAUGACCGCCUUCUUGGUUCCUGGAAUCUUGUUCACAAUCUUCUUCUUCUCCAAUACUCUUCUCUGGACUAAAGGAUCGUCGGCUGCAGUUCCAUUUGGAACAUUGCUUGUCCUAUUGGUGCUCUGGAUCUUUAUCUCGGUUCCAAUGACAUUUGUCGGAGCAUACUUUGGAUUUAAGAAGCGUGGAAUUGAGGCUCCAGUUAGAACUAACAAGAUCCCACGACAAGUUCCAGAGCAGACUUUCUACACAAAACCACUUCCAGGAAUGUUGAUGGGUGGAAUUCUUCCAUUCGGAUGCAUUUUUAUUCAACUUUUCUUCAUCCUCAACAGCAUUUGGGCUCAUCAAACCUACUAUAUGUUCGGAUUCUUGUUCCUGGUCUACUUGAUCCUGAUCAUUACCUGCUCGGAAGCUACCAUUCUUCUUGCCUACUUCCAUCUUUGUGCAGAAGACUACCACUGGUGGUGGAGAUCGUUUAUGACAAGUGGAUUCACUGCAAUUUAUCUCUUCAUCUACUGCAUUCAUUUCUUCAAUACAAAACUUACGAUUAGUGGAACGAUUUCCACAAUUCUCUACUUCUCCUACACGUCUAUCUUUGUUUUCAUGUUUUUCUUGAUGACUGGAACGAUCGGAUUCCUCGCUACUUACUACUUUGUACGAAAAAUCUACGGAUCUGUGAAGGUUGACUAAGUAGUUGAUCUUAAAUCGCUUCCCAUCCCUGUUUUUCCUUACUGACAGAACAACGACCACUUUGUCGAUGACUUUUUUCUAUUUGCGUGUUUUUGUGACUAUUGCGUUUGCAUUUUCCACCUUUUUUAUUUCUGAUUUGUUUCCUAUUUUCUCUUUUCAUCUUCGGCAUCCUUGUGAUCCGGUAAAACCAGUCAUCAUGAUGAGAAAGUGAACAACUUAUGGGUUGUAUAUUGCAAUGAUAAUUUAUUACUAUUUUGAUUUUUACCAGUCUCUCCAUCAUUUCUUGCUUUUGUUAUAGUCGUGGGUAUUGUAAUUUAAAUUGUGGAUCAAACCCGCAAAACUCUUGCUUUAUUGCUUAUAUAUUUUUAUUAUAUUUUGUUUUUUUUGUUCCAUUUAAACAUUGAGGGAUAAAAAUCUUAAUUCUUGAUGACUACCCUUUGUGAUAAUAAACUAUAAUGAUU